GGCAGAACCAAAGAAGAAGAAGAAAGGAAAGAAGAAGAAAUAGGGGAAUAACUAUGUACACAUAAAUAAUAAAGUUUUAAAAUGAUUUAUAGUUUUUUUCAAUUUAUUAAUAGAGUAGCGUAAAAAUAAUUAAAUGUACUGAAUAGCUUCAUAGUCAAGAUACAACUAUCACAAACUUCAUUCAAGGAAUAGAAAAGAAAAAGACAGUUGGCAUUUGUGAUGUUUUUUUCAACAUAAAUUUUGCAAGAUUUGGACAAUAUGAUAUAAAUAAUUACGAUUUUGCAUAUUUCAACUACUCAUCAAUCGUCAGGGAUUGUCACCAAAUCACUUGUUAUGAAAAUAUAUCACGAUGGAAUUUAACGAAGAGCAACAAACUCCAAAUAAUUCACAAGAAGACAAGGGUACAGACAGUACUGGAGUUCAAGUAGAAAGCAAAGAUUCACCUAGAUAUUGUUGGGUAUGUUUUGCGACGGAUGAAGAAGAUCGUACGGCUGCUUGGGUGCAGCCCUGUAAUUGCCGUGGUACAACAAAAUGGGUACAUCAGUCUUGUUUACAACGAUGGGUGGACGAAAAACAGAAAGGGGGUAAUAUUGGUAAAGUAGCAUGUCCUCAGUGUCAAACUGAAUAUAUUAUAGUAUUUCCGAAUAUGGGAGUAUUAGUAUUGGUACUAGAUACAGUAGACAGCUUUAUAUAUAAAGGUUGUCCUUUCUUAGCUGCUGGCAUUGUUGUAGGAGCAAUAUAUUGGUGUGCAGUCACCUAUGGAGCUAUUACCAUCAUGCAGGUGAUUGGACAGAAAGAAGGAUUAGCUAUUAUGGAACAAGCUGAUCCAUUAGUAUUGUUGAUAGGUCUUCCAGCAAUUCCAGUGGCUUUAGUACUAGGUAAAAUGAUCAGAUGGGAAGAUGCAGUACUCACUUUUAUGAGAAAAAAUUUAUCAAAAAUUCCAAUUAUUAGAAACGUAUUUCCUUUUAGGCUGGAAGUCAGUGCAAGUACAUCUGAAUCAUCGAAUAUAGAAGAUAUACCUCCAUUAUCGAAUCCAGUAUCUGCCACCAGAGUGUUGUGUGGAGCUCUCUUGAUGCCGACCAUAGCGAAUAUGUUUGGAAAAUUUUUCUUUGAUUCUAUAAAAUCCAAUUUUCAUAAAACUAUCUUAGGUGGAUUGACAUUCAUUGCUAUAAAAGGAUGUUUAAGAAUAUAUCACAAGCAACAACAAUAUAUUAGACAAUGUCAGAGAAAAAUUUUGGAUUAUACAGAGUCAAAUAUAUCGACUUAUUUGCAUAGGAGAGAAGAGUAAAUUACUUAUUUUUAUACUAGAAUGUCCCAAAAAUUUGAAACAUGAUGACUUAGUUUAUAGUAGUUCACUUGCACAUUUUUCAAAAUAAUGAAUAUCUUGCUUUAAUGUGCCAUUUUGGAUGAGUAAAAACAGAAUUAUUCCAACAUUUUAUUGUUUAUAACCAUAGUGAUAUAUAUUAAAAUGUUUUGCAUUUGAAAAAGUAUUUUUGAUACCAUUGAUCAAAUCAUAAUUUUGGGAUAUCUACGAAUCUUUGGAUCUUCAUUUAUGACAGUUGAAAUAAAUUUUUAUAUAUUCUGUGUAAAUUUACUUGUUUUCUAACAUUUAUAAUAUUCAAUACAGCAAAUUUAGUAUUGUUAAGACUUUUUGGAUAUGUUUGUUUUAUUUUUGAAAUAAAUCUUUAAGAAAUAUG